AUGCUUCCCAUGACUUUGAUCUGGGGGAUAAUCCUAACGGUGUGCUCCUAUUUGUGGCUUAUCCUUGGAUUAAGGAGAAGGCAAAAAGGUGAACCACCUCUGGUGAAAGGAUGGAUUCCAUACCUGGGCUGUGCUCUGCAAUUUGGAGUGAAUCCUCUUGAAUUUCUCAGAGCAAAUGAGAGGAAACAUGGUCAAGUUUUCACCUGCAAACUAAUGGGGAAAUAUGUUCACUUCAUUACAAAUUCCUUAUCAUACCAAAAGGUGUUAUGCCAUGGAAAAUAUUUUGAUUGGAAAAAAUUCCACUUUGCUACUUCUACAAAGGUAUUUGGGCAUGGAAGCAUUGACCCAAGUGAUGGAAAUACCACAGAAAACAUAAACAGCACUUUCAACAAAACUCUGACGGGUGAUGCCUUGGUCUCCCUCACAGAUACCAUGAUGGAAAACCUCCAACUCAGCAUGAAGCCCCAGGGCCUUCAGGAGCACAGGAGCACGGCCUGGGUGACAGAAGGGAUGUACGCCUUCUGCUACAGGGUCAUGUUUGAGGCUGGGUACUUAACCCUCUUUGGCAGAAAGCUUACCAAACAAGAUUCAGAAAGAGCAUUUAUUCUGAACAUCCUUGAAGACUUCAAGGAAUUUGACAAAGUGUUUCCAGCCCUGGUAGCAGGACUCCCCAUUCACAUAUUCAAGACAGCUCACAAUGCCCGGGAGAAGCUGGCAGAGGGCUUGAAACAUGAGAACCUCCAAACCAGAAACCAUGUCUCAGAACUGGUCCGCCUGCGCAUGUUUCUGAAUGACACGGUCUCCUGCUUUGACGCUGCCGAGAAGGCCAAGACACACCUGGCUCUGCUGUGGGCCGCGGAAGCAAACACCAUCCCAGCCACUUUCUGGAGCUUAUUUCAAAUGAUGAGGAGCCCUGAAGCAAUGAAAGCAGCUUCUGAAGAAGUAAGCCAAGCAUUAGAGAAUGCUGGUCAAAAGAUCAGCUUUGAUGGCAAACCUAUUCGUUUGAACCCUAUCCAACUGAAUGACCUGCCAGUAUUAGACAGCAUCAUCAAAGAGUCCCUGAGGCUUUCCAGUGCCUCCCUGAACAUUCGGACAGCUAAAGAAGAUUUCACUUUGCACCUUGAGGAUGGUUCCUACAACAUCCGCAAAGAUGACAUCAUAGCACUUUAUCCACAAUUAAUGCACUUAGAUCCAGACAUCUACCCAGACCCUUUGACUUUUAAAUAUGAUCGAUAUCUUGACGAAAACAGGACGACAAAGACCACCUUUUACAGUAAAGGGCAUAAGUUAAAAUAUUACUACAUGCCCUUUGGAUCGGGAGCUACCAUAUGCCCUGGAAGACUGUUUGCUGUCCAAGAAAUCAAGCAAUUUUUGAUUCUGAUGCUUUCCUAUUUUGAAUUGGAGUUCGUAGAGAGUCACGUUAAUUGCCCUCCUUUGGACCAGUCCCGUGCAGGCUUGGGUAUUUUACCACCAUUAAAUGACAUUGAAUUUAAAUAUAAAUUCAAACAGUUGUGA